AUGGCUUCAAAUUUUAAUGAUAUAGUGAAGCAAGGAUACGUGAAAAUUCGCAGCAGAAAGCUGGGGAUUUUCAGAAGGUGUUGGUUGGUAUUUAAGAAAGCCUCCAGCAAAGGCCCCAGGAGGUUAGAGAAAUUUCCUGAUGAAAAGGCAGCCUAUUUCCGGAACUUUCACAAGGUAACUGAGCUGCACAGUAUCAGGAACAUAAGCAGGUUGCCCCGUGAGACAAAGAAACAUGCUGUGGCAAUUAUCUUUCAUGAUGAAACAUCAAAGACAUUUGCCUGUGAGUCAGAGCUGGAGGCAGAGGAGUGGUGUAAGCUUCUUUCCGUUGAAUGCUUAGGAUCCAGACUCAAUGACAUCAGCUUUGGGGAGCCAGACCUACUAGCAGCCGGAGUUCAAAGAGAACAAAAUGAGCGGUUCAAUGUGUACCUAAUGCCAACACCCAACUUGGACAUUUAUGGAGAAUGCACCAUGCAGAUCACGCAUGAAAACAUUUACCUGUGGGAUAUCCACAACCCCAGAGUGAAACUUGUUAUGUGGCCACUCAGCUCUCUCAGGCGGUAUGGAAGGGACUCAACUUGGUUCACAUUUGAAGCUGGCAGAAUGUGUGAUACAGGAGAGGGACUCUUUACCUUUCAGACACGGGAAGGAGAGAACAUCUACCAGAAGGUACACUCAGCAACUCUGGCCAUAGCUGAGCAGCAUGAGCAACUAAUGCUGGAGAUGGAGAAAAAAACAAGGCUGCAAUCCAGUCCCAGUGAGGAGAUGGCACUCAUGACAAUAACACUUCCUCGCAGUGCGUACUGGCAUCACAUCACGAGGCAGAACAGCGUCAGCGAACUCUACAGCUUACAAGGAAAUGAGUUAAACUUGACAAAGGUUCCUCGGGCACAGACCUUCCCUAGCUACAUCUCGGAACAGAGUCACGAGCACCAAUACUUAUUAUCUUCAUCUAGUGGCUACGGAUCAAGCUACAGCUCUGGGCUGGCCCAGUGAUGUGUGUCAGAACAAUGGGAAGAGUCACUGUGAGUCGGGCCACACUUGUACCAAGAGAAGUCUGAAUAUAUAACAGUGAGAGGGUCGAGGACUCAAUACAGGUGAAACAAAACAAGACUCGUGUGGCUGUUACUG